GCUAAAACACACGUGUAAGCAAGGUUUGACCGAGCUGUAGUGGGAACUUCCCACGAGACGGACGAUCGAUCUUUGCACUGUGCUUGCUCUUCACUCUGCCUUAGACCAAGCUACGGUCCCGUAAAGCUCUUGAACGACAUAUCCGUACACUAUCCUGCUUCGAGACAUACAUUCGACAUCGAGACAGCGGCCAGCUGCGCGCACAUCCAUUCAGCAGCUCGGGAGCAUCGCAUUCCUUGGAGCAAGCUACUCCUCUGACACGAUAACAUCGUUUUGGAGUAAGACACUGGUGUAUGAGUAAAUAUGUCGUCGAUACAGCCCGGCGACUCGCAGUCUGAGCUCAGUGACCGGCGGCUGAGCAAAUUGCCACCCACGACAUUAAACGACCCGCAGCCAGCGAAAUUUGGGGACUCGCAGCCCAGCGAUCCGCAAUCCGGCGACCUGCUGCCAGCAAGAUCUAGCAGCCCACAGCUCAACGACUCGCGGUCCAGUAACCGACAGCCCUGCGGCUCACAGCCUAGCAACCCGCAGUCUGGCGACUCGCAGCCAGCGAGGUCCAGCGACCGUGACCCGCAGCCGGUGAAAUCCAGCGACACACGGCCGGUGAGAUCCCGCAUUGGACAUUCAUCCUACAUAGACUCACAACAAUUACGUUAGGCUCUCCCAGGCGUGGAGCAUCAGGGAGUAGUAUGCCGCGGUUGCGGAAAAUCGAUCUUCGGUGUACGUCACAAGUGUGUGGAAUGCAUCGACUUCGACCUCUGCCAAGACUGCAUAUCCGUCGUGUCACUUCGUUUUCAACAUGAAUAUACCCAUACAUUCCUUCUAAUCGAGUACCCCUGGGACCACCGCGCAUUUCGUGAUGCAUCGGUAGUAUCAUACAACAUUCAUUUCGUCAGAUGCGAUGGCUGCAGCGCAGGGCCAGUCGUCGGCGUACGCUACAAGUGCCUCUCAUGCGACAACUUUAAUUUCUGCUCUCCAUGCUUCAAUACAAUCGAGAAGCGUUCCCCUCAUCAUGUCUCCCACGAUUUCUUCCCUAUUAGAAGUCCAGGAGAAGAAGCGAAAUUCCUUGCCGCACGAGACAGUACUCACACCCCUCCGACUUCUCCUGAAGAUGAGACUGUUCCCCUUCCCCAAAGAGAUGUGACGAGACGCGCCUCCUACGAUGCAAUCAGUCAACGUUCUAGCGGAAAAUGCAGCGAGUGCAAUAGACACCCGAUCGAACACUGCUGCGUCGACUGCGAUGACUAUGGAAUUUGUACGGCUUGCGUGAGCGAUCCGCAAGUCCGCAUGUCCCACAAUCCUCUACAUAGCUUCAACCCACUGGAGUCGCCUACGGCACGGCUCGAAUCCGGGCCAGAUUCCUCCUCGGAGCGUGACACCGCCGAGGGCCAGAUCAAGUGCAGCGGAUGUCGAUGUCGCACCUUUCGUAUCCGGCACCAGUGCCUGGAGUGUCCUGACUUUUCCCUCUGUCACCUCUGCAUCUCGUCUUUGAGACGGCGCUCGGAGCACGGCAUCAGGCAUCGCUUUUUCCCUGUCGAGUACCCAUGGGAUAUCGGCGCUUUCGAGGCUGUCUGUGCAUUACCGAAUGCGCCGCGCUGUCGAAAUUGCGGUGUCAAGGCAUCGUUGGCCCAACACAAGUGCCUCUCAUGUUCGGACUUUGCUUUCUGCUCGUGGUGCAUAUCAGACCCAGAUGUGCGUCUUAAGCACGACGUUGGCCACCCCUUUUUCCCGUACACAUCACGCUCCAGGGCUGGAAUCGCCAAGUACGAGGCUAGACGUCGGCAGUUCGCCGCAUACAAGGAUUCUGAUGUG